AACUGCCUAUCCUGUGCACGUGAGAGAUCAUGCGCAGUGUUUACUGUUUGUUUAUAUGUAUUCAGAAGUGAGUGCAGAGAAAAACUGUUCUAUAUGUUUUACGGUUCAUUAACCAUGAAUGAACAAUACAGAACACAGAUGCAAACUGCAGCGCAAAACCUUGUUGUGCAGGCGUGAAUUUUUUACGAUACUAUCGUUCCUGCUGUUUUAUGUGUGUUUGUUAUAAGAAAUAAUGCUGCGAUUGUAUUUAUUGUUGCUUUGAUUGAUGAUCUACUUUGUUUCGAAUAGGAUGGCCUAGGUAACUGUUUUUAAGAAUGGGAUUGGAAAAGAUUCGUUUCAUACUUCUAUGUGUAUUGUUAGAAAGCUGCUUGGUGUGGUCCAUAGGAUAUUUAAAACCAGAGCAUGCAACUAGACGGACGGUAGUUGACAUCAAAAAAUCCGAUGACACUAUCGUAAAUCGUAAACAUACGGUUACGAAAGAAAUUCUAAGUAAUAACUCGCUCUUGCAAGCUGAUCAAGAAAUCCAACAAACUUUUAGCAAUAUAAAGAAUAAAACGCAGAACAAUCAUCAAAGUGGAUUUUUGGAUAAUGAGCAUCCAGUGGAUAGUGAUGACGCAAGUGGUUCGUUUUCAUCUGAUUUAAUUGGUGUUGACAAAAAAGAGGGCUUGAACAUUUUACCAAUGCAGACGGAGAAAGCUAAGAAGAAGCAAUAUGCAACUGACGAUUUCCGCGUCAACACAUUAGCACAACCACCCGUUAUCAGUCAAGAGUUUCACCCUCCCUCAAUGUCAAUGCCGCCUAAUCAUGUUCAAAUAGACUAUCCACAAGAAGGAGUACAUUUAGAACCUCCGAUGGAACACCAUUAUGAAGAACCAGAGCCUCAUAUUGAAGAACCUGUUUUUGUUCACCACGUACCUCCACCGCCUCCGCCACCGCCUGAACCUGUGUUAAUACCUGUGCCUAUUGCGGCCCCACCGCCCCCACCACCACCACCACCUCCAUGUACAGUACAUAUUCCCGUAACCAUUCAUUUAAAAGGAAAAUUAGCAAUAAAAGUGAAACACUGUGAAAAUUGCGAUUUCUCAAAAAACAUUGAGGCGAUAGGACCGCUUAAAAUAGCUCCUAUAAAAGGACUAAACGAGAAGCUUACAGGAGCGAUUGAGUCUCAAGCUAAGAAAGAAGCGACUGCAGAAGAAGCACAGGCGAGGAAGGACUCCCUCGCCGUUGCUGGAAGUGGAGAUACGAGCUCCGUGGAAAAUAACGGAGUGGCUGGGGGUAAUACCAAAGUGGAAUUAAAUGUGGAUGCUUCUGCUACAAAACGAAAUGAUCCUCCAGAAGCAGACCUCAAUGAAGUCCUACCCAAAAUCGAUGAUAUGGUAUUUGAUGAGGACUUCGUCUACUCAAAUGUUGUACGUGGUACAAAGAAAGAUGAAACCGAUGCAAACGAUGACAAGAAACAUAUAGUUGUUGCGAAACCAGUACAUAUUCCAGGUGCUCUACUUCCAACGGAUGCCUUCAAGAGGGGUGUUGUUAUCAGUUUACCAAAAGGUAAAGCACUGUUAAAAUGUGUCGUACCUAUCAAUGGCAGUGAAAGCGACUCUAAGGAGAUGGAAGAAGCACCUAUUGAUAACACCGCAGAAAAUACCGCGUCAUAUCCUGUCAAUAACGAUGUAGUAACGUUAUCAAGGCCCGAUACGAAUGUGAUAAAGCCUGUUUCUAAAGAACAGGAGCCUCAGCCAGAGAGCAGUAAUAAAAAGGAUAGCUCAGCUGCGGUGCCAGUAAGUACCAGCGUUGAAAAGGAAUUUUCGUCAGCGACUGAACAGCUUCAUAUGGACAAAAUGCGUCCACAAGAAGAGCAUACUAAUGUCGCGAAAACAAGAAGAUUUACAGAGAAAUUCUUAAAAACGUUUGAUAAAGAUAUGUUAAUCUCACUCUAUAAGAUGGCGGUUGGAGAUAUUUUGAGCGAGUUACAGCAUCAGAAAAAAGCGCAUCGUAAGACACAAAUUUUAAGAAAAAAGAUAAAAACUUUGCAGCAGGAAAGAUCGUCUUUAGAGAAGAAAUUUCCAGGUAUUGCGAAAACAUUAAUCGAUCCUGCAAAUACUUUGGAUUUAAAUACACGAAAUACACGUUCUGUAACGGAUGACGAUAACGAAGAGAGUUCUGUAACGUUUAAAAACAAACAUGGUAGUCCCGUUACCCUGGAUAUAGAAAAACCGCUGAUCUCGAACAGUACAAGGCGCGUAAAAUUAGUUGACACAUACCGACCGGCAAUUAUCCGUAAGCCGGCAAAGGGCAAAACCUUUUCUAAGAAACCUGAACCGGAGGUUAAAGAUGAGAAAGAAGCUAACAACGCGCUUAGUUUCUAUGGUGAUUUAGAUCCACUGAAGUUAAUGGAAGAAAAUCCAGCCUGUAUAGAUGCGAUGUGCGAGAAACACAAACAGUUCAUCAAACAUGCCGGUCAGUACUUCCAAAGUUUAGAUAAAAUCGCACUGGAGCCGUAUAAGAAAUUCAUGACUGACAAAGACAAGCCAAACAACGAGAUGGACAGUUCUGCCAAGAUUUAUGACGUAGGCUAUGGUGACGUCAUUAACGUUCGGACGAUUAAAAAUGAAGGUGAAAAGGAAAAAGAAAAAAUUCAACAAGCGAAACGCCAGUCAAUAUCUGAAUCUGUAGGUAACUCUGAUACUCAUGUGGCUAAUGAACCAAGUACGAUAGUUGAACUAUUUGGAAAACUACCACGAGUUCCUUUAAAAAUUACUUUGAAUCCUAAAGGUCCGUUAGCGAAGUUAAAGAAACCCAUCGAGAUAGACUUAAGACCACCGGGAAAAGGAAGUCUUUCAACAAGGAUGAUGGCUACUGCAAAUGAUCCUACUGUAGCUGUGCAUGUGGAGAACAGAAUCUUCAAAGAUGAGCAACUAAAUCCGAAGGAAGAGAAGAAACUACAAGAAGUUUAUGCAGACUUAAAGAGACGAAGUGUUCUGGAAGAUCGACCAAUACGACACCACGUUGUUCUUAAACCUCAGAAAGUAAUCACAGAAAAAGCAAGUUCAAGAAUGAGAAUUGUGGUUAGCUUGCCGAAAGAGCUACAACAACUGAUGGCAAGAAACAAUGGGAAUUAUCAAGGAAAAUCACGUAGUUUGUCGUAUAAUACUCCGACGCAAGUUUCGACGUCGUUAUUGCAGCCAAAAACUACUACAUCAAAUGAGAAUACCCUUCUAAGUUCUCAAACAUCAACUAAUGUGGAUACUACUAAACCAAGCAUAGAAGAAUACGAGAAGACCUUGGAAAAACUGAAAGAACAGACAAAGGCGGCAAUAGCACAAUAUAAUCGAAUAAAGGACCCCUAUUCAGAUAUAGGAAAGAAAAGAAGCAAAGGCGGGAAAGUAAGUCAUAAUAAACACAUAAAGAAAAUUAAAAAUGAUCCUUAUGCUGACCUAGGUUCAUCAUUUGCGAGUAUCGAAAAAAGAAGCGGUCUAAACAACGAUACAGGAACAGGUAAAAAAAACACUACGGAAUAUGAGAAAAUUGCGCUAGAUCCUUACGCAACACUAGGUUCAGCCAUAUCAUCAAUAAACAAGAGAGAAAACUUUCCACGUCGAAAGAAACAUGUUGAGAAAAGAAAUCAUAAACACCACCCAUCAAAAAAGCAAAACCCAUUCCAGAAGAAAGAAGGCGUUCCUCAGUAUACAAGUGGAACAGCGAUAUCUCUGAUACGUCAUCAACCCAAUCCGGUUGAUACGGAAGCAACCAAACAGGCAAACGUGCAACCUUCCAGCAACCCACCUGAUCAUUUGAAUGAGGCGUCGCAAGCAUUUCCUGCAACUCUUUUAGAAGGAACCAAUGCAACUGCUCUGUCUGCGUUCCCGAAAUUUAAAGAAGCUUUAGCUAAAAUCAACCCGGAGACAAGGAAGAAGUUGUUAAACAUGAAACCAUUUAAGUUUCUCUCAAAGAUGGAUGUUCAGUCUAUUCCAGUAGAUCACGAUCCUUACGCAGAUAUGGGGAGUGCUGUCCAAGGUGGGGACACCAGGAGUAAGCUAAGGAAAAGAAAAAGGUCAAAAGUAAAGCAUUCAAGAAUAUUUAAGCAUAAAAAAUACGAUACAAUGAAUGCGUCGAAACGAUCCUCUACGUAUGACCCAUAUGCAGACCUUGGUACUUCUAUCGGUCUUUCCCAAAACGAAGCUCGAACAAAAACAAAACAGGAACCAGUUGAUUCUAAAGAGGAUCAAGCUGUGAACGUGACAAUGAAGGACGAGAACAACGUCGUUAAGGAACCAGCUUCAGCACAGACGUAUUCACCAAAAUCACCAAAGAUAGUGCCUCCGUUAUCAAGAAGCCACGAUGCACAAGGCGAUCAUCAGUUGAGAUUUGUACACGUCUCAAAUGAUCUAACGGACCACUAUCACGAAAUAGGUCAAACACCACGUGCUGUUGAAAGUAUGGCUAAUCGUGGAGAAAGAUUCGUCAACUUUGGUAAUAUCGAGAAAGAUAUCUCUGCUCAUAUAAAUGAGUUAGAAGAAAACGACAAUACCGAAGAAGCUACCAGCUCCAAAGAGAACACAAAAUCGUUCAUGAAGGGAGAUCCUUAUUCUGAUCUUGGUACGUAUGCCAAUGGAAAUCCACGAGCUUCUUCUAAUAAAAGUCAAUCAGAUACACCACCUAAAGAAAUUAAGUCCACCCAAGGUAAAGUUAAAAGUUUCAGUAAGAAACCAACUAAAAAUCAAAAAAACAUCGAAAUGGAAAAGGGAGACCUCGAACAAACUGGGGAAGAAAGUAAAACGGCAGAAAACGAUUUGGCGACUAUUGAGAAACUAGAGAAAGAAAUUGCUGUGGAAAAAGCUAAAGUAGACGCCAACCAGGUAGCACCUUCGUCUGUGUUGGAACAAAAUGUGGGAAAGGAAGUGCUGGGACCAUACGUAGAAAUGGGUGGUCCUAUUAAGAAGAAAACAGAGCGUGUACAUCCAUCUUAUGACGAUAUUACGUCCAUCAUCCGUACCGUGAACCAUCAUAAGAAACCGCGACAAGAAAAUGGUGUUAAAAAGUCUAAACCAAUUGGAAGGGCAGCAGUAGAUCACAAGCGAAAACGGAGAAGAAACUGCCUUCCUCUUAAACCCGAGGAUGUUUUAAAGUUGCUGAAAGAUGCUUCUUCAGCCAAUUAUUUUAACUCCAUACAAUCAAAGAAAAAUACUAAUCACACUGAUGAUCCAUAUGCGAAUCUGGGUAAGGAUCUGUCUGGAAAUAAACGCUCCUAUCCCUGUACUAUACCGGUUAUUAAAGAGGAUGACACUCCGGUAUCAAAGCCUACCGGUGUAAAUCACACAUCACUUGGCAAAGAUCCAUAUGCAGAAAUGGGUACGUCAGUAGAAGGUGUGUCUGGUGAGAAGAAGACAGUUUUAAAUAGAGCUCCAGAUCCUUAUGCAGAUUUAGGCACGGUAACAAAUGAUGUUGUUAGUUUAUCGAGCAAGGAUAACACCCAUCUAAAAAACGGCGCUACUAACAUUCUCUCAAAAACUGCAGCGAGACGUUCACUCCAUUACAAAGACUCCACCUAACUUGAAAUAUUGACAGACCCAAGGAGAAAAGGAGAGCAAUGCUGCAUGUAUAUAAUCUAAAUGAGCAUUUCUUAUGUGAAGGAUUUCAGAUUCAAUAGAUAGGAAUCUUAUCGUUAUCAACUCGACUGAAAAAACAACCUCUUCAUAAAAGCUGACCAGAAGAAAUAUAAUGAGGCGCGGCACACAAACAACGCUGGACAAGUCCGUGUAGGGAGUAUUUCAUACUAGAGAAGCUACUGAUGCAAAAAUUUGUAGAUACGCUUUGUUACUAUGUGACAGUUAUUAAACAAUAGUAUAUAUUUUAUUUAAUUUAAUUUUAUAAUAUAGCUAACUUGAAUAAAACCAAAUUGAUUUAUCUGCGUUGAUUGGUUUGUUUGUUAAUGCCUCUCAGAUAAUACUGAUAGCCAAUUUACAAAUUUAAGAUUGCCAAUGAUAUUGAUUGCAAGCAGAGAUUAAUUAGUACAAAAUUAAUAAAUCUGUUUUAACUGGUUGUUUGUUUGAUGCAUGAAUCUCAAUAUUUACAAUUUUAUUUUGAAAAUUAGAUUCAUUUCGUUUGAAAAAUUUGAUAAAUCUUUAGUACGCUUCUAUAUACGGCCUAAAAAAAACUUCAUCUCGAAUAUAGGAAGUU